AGCUGUUCCGUAGUCAUGGCGGAGCUGAUUUCCAAGGGCACGACCAUUUCCAAGAAAGGCUUCAAGAAAGCUGUAACCAAAACCCAGAAGAAGGAAGGAAAGCGCAGGCGAUGCCGCAGGGAGAGCUAUUCCGUUUAUGUCUACAAGGUACUGAAGCAGGUGCACCCCGACACCGGCAUCUCGUCCAAGGCCAUGGGCAUCAUGAACUCGUUCGUGAACGACAUCUUCGAGCGCAUCGCGGGCGAGGCGUCGCGCCUGGCGCAUUACAACAAGCGCUCGACCAUCACGUCCCGGGAGAUCCAGACGGCCGUGCGCCUGCUGCUGCCCGGGGAGCUGGCCAAGCACGCCGUGUCCGAGGGCACCAAGGCCGUCACCAAGUACACCAGCGCGAAGUAAAGUUGCCAAGUAAGAAUAUUUAACCCAAAGGCUCUUUUAAGAGCCACCCACAAUUCUGAAGGGGCUGUAUAAGCUUAGUUAAUGUGAGUUGGUCUUCCAUCUAGAGAAACUUCUGGUUUUGCCAGCAAAUCGAUUUCACUGCUUGCCAAGUUUACUUUGCUCAC